AUGGAGUGUAUGCGCAAUCAGUUCAAGGAUGGCGCACUUCUCGACGGACGUUUCGAGACCCUCUCCGCUCUCAAUCAUGGCUCCUUCGGCAUGGUCUUCAUGGCCAAGGACCACCACACCGGAGAGACGGUCGCCGUCAAGUGCUUGACCAAGACCACAGAUGCCAGCGGAUGCCCGUCGGCCUUCGCGAUUGAUGAUCGCUCCGAGGAGCUGACCAUUCACCGCAAGCUUAGCUCGCACCCGAACAUCGUUAACCUUGUCCAUACUUUCGAGACUGAGCACCAUGUCUACCUCGUCCUCGAGCUCUGCCCGAAUGGCGACCUGUACGAAGCCAUUCGCCUCGGCCGCGGCCCCUUGGAGACGGAGCACGUUCGUGAGUUCAUGCUCCAGCUGAUCUCCGCUGUUGAGUUUAUGCACUCCAAGGGUAUCUACCACCGCGACGUCAAGCCUGAGAACAUCUUCCUCACCCAGGACGGCGACAUGAAGCUUGGUGACUUUGGCCUUGCGACUACUGACGAAUGGUCUUACGAGUCUGCUGUCGGCAGUGACCGCUACAUGGCUCCCGAGCAGUACGACUGCGGGACCAACGGUUACUCGCCUGCCAAGGCUGACGUCUGGGCGGUCGGCAUUUGCCUGCUCAACAUCCUGUUCUCCCGCAACCCCUUCGCUACGCCUACAACCUCGGACCCCCUGUUCCGCGAUUUCGCCAGCGAUCGCCAGUCUCUGUUCGAUGUCUUCCCCAACAUGUCUCAGGACACCUUUGAGGUCCUGAUUCACUGCCUUGCCAUCGACCCGGAGAACCGUUCGCUUAGCGCAGUCCGCAAGGCCCUCGACCGCGUCAUCUCUUUCACCACCGAUGACGAGUCGCUCGAUGAGUUCUGCAACGAGGACCGCGACGUCAUUGGAGCCACCGCCAACCGCGAGCCCCUUCGCACCCCUUCGGUCAGCACUGCCAACCUCGGCCAAGAUGGUGCUUUCCCUUGGGCCAGGGCUCUUGCAAUGACGCCUCCUCAGCCAGUCCGCCAGCUUUCGACCAUUCACGACAUGGACAGGUACUCGGAGGAUUUGUUCCCCGAGUCGGAGCGCACCGAGGGCGAUUGGUGCUCGUUCAAGCCUGAGCGUUCGUCGGUCGUCUCGUUCGUCGACUCUGGCCUUGGCAUCUCUUUGCAGUCCAACGAGGGCACGCAGCCUCGUCCCAUCCAAAAGGGCUCGUCGAGGCCCUUGGCUAUUCCUGGCUCCAUGCCCAUGCGGCCCAUGCCCAGCCUUGCGUCUGCGUUUGGAGCUAAGACCGACAUGGUCUCUAAGAGUUGGAGCGACCUUUGGGAGGAAGAAGAGGAGGAGAACCUCGGAGGAAUUGAGUACUCCUUCCAGGACAAGCUGGGUUUCAAGGAGCGUGUGUGGAGCAACGAGACUGGCUCUGGCCGCACUACACCUCGCGCUGGCCUGACGGAGAUGAAGGACCCUGCUAGCAUCCACAACAGCAGGAACCGUAGCCCGCCGGCGGCACCUCGCAGUGUCAUCAGCGAGCAAACGGGCUUCAUCUUUGAAGACCUGCAGCACCAGUCAAGUGAAAACAAGGAGCAGCGCAAGCCUAUUGUUGUGCAAGUACAGCACAAGCCGACCGCUGCUAAUCAGCUGACUGGACCCCGCUACUCGCCGCCGAAGAAGCGUUCGGGCUUCGACAUGACGGAGAAGUGGGCGGCGCUGGGUGAUCGCAGGCGAGCUCAGCCAAGUCCGGAGAAGACCAAGUCGCCGCAGAUGGCGCACUCUUUGGGUUCUAAGCAACAGAAGAGCAACAAGACUUUGAAUUGGAAGAAGGGUAUGGGGUUUGGACAUCACAACUUUCAUGGAUUUGAUUUCGGCGUUGGAAAGGGACAUCACCAGGGACAUCAGGAGUGGAGUUUGAGUAAAGAUUGGCGCCAACACGCAACUACCGGCGACGACAUCGGCGAUCUUGAGUGGGUUGGGGGCUGGAAUGACCUUCACUUGUAG